AUGCACACCCAGUGUCGUCUUCGGGAGCUAGUCCAGCGGCUAGGCAAGGCGAUGCGGGCGGAAGCUGCCAUGAACUGGCUACCGCCUAUAAACAAUGAGGAGAUCGCCACGAGGCUUGAGAAGGCGCUACGGCAUGACCGCGAGUGUCGACGAGGGAGAGUCCGGGUGCUUCGGCUGAGAAGUUCCGAGGACUUGUUCUUUGUCUGA